GGCGCGGUCCCGGGCCGGCAGCGUCCUCCCCUGACCCGCCUUGCCCCGGCGGGGAUUGGUUUGCCGUCCGGCUGUGGGAACGCCCUCUGGUCUCCCCCUUCACUCUAACCUCAGCUCUGCUGAAAGUGAGCUGUUGAUCGCAGAGCAACCGAGAGUGGUCGCCGCAUGGACCUGGAAGUAGCUAAACAGCAGCGCACGUCGAUGCUGCAAGCCGACACCGAGCCCCGGGCGAAGAGUCGCUGGCACAACCACCGGGUGCUCAUUGCAGUGCUGCUAGCACUACUGUUAAUUCUACUCCUUGGGCUAGGCCUUGGUCUCGGCCUCCGAACAUGUCAUUUAAAAUCAGCUGAGUCCUGGACGUGCAGUCAGAGCCGAUGUGGAGAGAAGCGCUUGAGGGAAAGUUACUGUUCGUGCUCUGAUGACUGCAUCCAGAAAAAGGAUUGUUGCACUGACUACCAUAGUGUUUGUAAAGGUGUGAAAAGAUGGGUUCAGGAAGAUUGUGAAGAUGUUGCCUCACCCCAGUGUCCAACAGGGUUCACUCAGCCUCCUGUCAUCUUGUUUUCAAUGGAUGGGUUUCGAGUAGACUAUUUUCAGAAGUGGAAGAGUCGUAUGCCUGUUUUGAACAAACUUCGAACUUGUGGUGUGCGAACUCCAUACAUGAUACCAGUAUAUCCAACCAAAACCUUUCCGAACCACUAUUCAAUUAUCACAGGGCUGUACCCGGAAUCUCAUGGUGUGAUUGACAAUAGUAUGUAUGAUGUGGAUAUGGACGCUGUUUACAACAUUCGAAACGAGGAAAAGAACAAUCCCCUGUGGUACAAAGGUCAACCGUUGUGGCUGACAGCAAUGUAUCAGAGUCUGAAGACAGGAACCUUCUUCUGGGUUGGUUCUGAAUCCAAGAUAAAUGGAUCAUACCCAAACAUUUAUAAAUUAUUUGACAGCCAUAUUCAAUUUGAAGAAAGAGUUUUCACAAUCCUUAAGUGGCUGGAUUUACCAAAGGAAGAAAGGCCUGAUUUUUAUGCAAUCUAUUUGGAGGAACCUGAUAGUUCAGGACAUAAAGGUGGACCUAACAGCAAGAGAGUGGCAGAUGCACUGGAGAGAGUGGAUGCAAUGGUGGGAAUGCUGAUGGAUGGGCUGAAACAAAGAAACCUGCUGCAGUGUGUCAACCUUAUUAUGAUAUCUGACCAUGGAAUGGAAGAAGUCAAUUGUUCAAAAGUUGCAUAUAUGGAGAAUUACUUGGACAAUGUAGAUGACAUUUAUAUAAGGUCUGGCCCAGCACCUCGGAUAAGGAGUAAAUCUGUUCCUGAGGAUUAUUUCAAAUUUGAUUCAGAAGGUGUCGUGAGAAAGCUUACUUGCAGGUCAACAGAUCAGCACUUCAUACCCUACCUAAAGCAUCACUUGCCAAAGCGUUUCCACUAUGCCAGCAGCAGAAGAAUCGAAGACGUGAACUUGUAUAUGGACCCCCAGUGGCAGGCUGGUCUGAAACCUCCAUUUAAAUAUUGCACAGGUGGAUUCCAUGGUUCUGAUAACCAGUACAAGAGUAUGCAGACCAUUUUUAUUGGCCAUGGACCUGGAUUUAAGGCCAGGACUGAAGUUCAACCCUUUUCAAAUAUUGAAGUGUACAAUCUGAUGUGCGAUUUGUUGAACAUCACUCCUGCACCCAACAAUGGAACUCACGGAAGUUUAAAUCAUCUUUUAAAGAAACCUCUGUAUAUCCCGACCCACUUAAAGGAAGCAUCUUCAGAGUCUCAGUGCUUAUCAUCUGGCUUAAUACCGACUGCCAAUCCACAAGUGAAAUGUUCAUGCAGUUCUCUGGAAUCAUUGCCAGGAAAUGCUUGUGAUGAAUUGCAUCUCUCCUCCAAUGAAGUUCAGGCUACAAAUUCAAAGCAUCUGCCCUAUGGACGACCAAGAGUGGUGCAGGAAAACUGUAAAUGGUGUCUCCUGCAUCAACACUCGUAUGCAAGUGGAUACCGCCAUGACAUUGAAAUGCCGAUGUGGAAUGCAUACACUGUCCUCAGAACAGACAAUCUAAGUCUGCCUCUGCCUGACAUUCCAAACUGUGUGUUUGUUGAUGUUCGAAUUCCUUUGACCAUAAAUCUUAGUUCAUCCGCUACCGGAGAGCGCAACGAAACAUACGGCUUUCUUUAUCCACCCCAUUUGGUGUCCAAUCAAUAUCAGUUUGAAGGUCUAUUUACGAGCAACCUUGUACCUAUGCACAAAGCCUUCCAAAAGAUAUGGGAUUACUUCCAAAAUGUUUUGUUGGUGAAGUAUGCACAACGAAGAAAUGGUAUCAAUGUGAUCAGUGGACCAGUGUUUGAUUUUGAUUUCAAUGGACGGUUUGAUACCCCCAAUAUUAUUGCAGAGAAUACCAAGGAUGUGCACAGCCCGAUCCCAACUCAUUACUUCAUAGUGCUUACCAACUGCAAGAACAGAGCGCAAAGCCCCCUGCAGUGCAAGGACUCACUGGAGGCACUGGCUUUCAUUCUGCCUCACAGACCUGACAACAGUGAAAGCUGCGCAGAUGGCAAAAAUGAAUCCCAGUGGGUUGAAGAGCGAAUCUGGGCUCACCGAGCCCGGGUGCGGGAUGUGGAGCUGAUCACUGGGCUUGAUUUUUAUCAGGAAAGAAGGCAGCCAGUCCCAGAGAUAUUACAGUUGAAAACGUAUCUACCGAAAAUUGAAGAUCAGAUGUGAUUAAGUGCCUUGUUCAUAGUAUUAGUGUUUUUCUAACAUUUUGUUCAUGCAGAAAUGGAAUUUGGUAUGCAGUGCACUUAAGGCUUUUGAAAAUAGGUACAGGUGGCACCUGAGGAUGGUAGAGUGCAGAAAAGACAAUGGAAGUGUAAAUGCAACGGAACAAUUCACCACAUUUGUUAUAUAUUUGACGUAUUUUAUAAUUUCAGAUGGUUUUUAAAAUGUGAAGGUAUGUUAUUGCCUGUCAAGUUUUUUUUUUAAAAAACACAAUUGUACA